CGGGUCGAAUUCGGAUGUAGUCGGAGCUAAGCUCCGGUGAACCGGGUGUGCUAUGCGUAAAAAGACAAGUACGGAGUAAUUGAAGAAGGGUAUUUGGAGUUUUGAAAUCACUUGUAAGCGCCAAAUAGAAACCCAAGUUAUCUCGAAUUUCUAGCAAUGGCGUCUUUGAAGCUGGUAAUCGAAAAGGGCCCUCGAAAUGGUGAAACCCUAGAAUUCAGCCCCAGAUCCAAGAUUCGAAUCGGCCGAGUUGUGAAAGGCAACAAUUUACCAAUCAAAGAUACAGGAAUUUCAUCCAAACACCUUGAAAUCAAAUUCAAUUCAGCUUCUGGAAAAUGGUUAAUUUCUGACCUUGAUUCUUCAAACGGUACUGUUGUCAACUCCUCUAAGCUUAAACCCCUCUCCCCAGUUGAAAUUUUACAUGGAGAUGUUAUUAUUAUUGGCGAAUUAACCAAAAUUAGGGUUGAAAUUGGGGAACAAGUUAAUGUAUGUAUGAACCCUAGACGACAAGCUGCUUCUAAAAGGGGUACUGAUGGUUCGAAUUUGGGUGAGAAUGUUGCAAGUAGGGAAGAAACCGACAACUGCAGAAACCCGAGGAAACGAGCUGCUGCUAGUAGUAGAAUCGAUUUGGGGGAGGACGAGGAGGCUCCUGAUAUGGUGAGCAAGGUGGAGGUGCGGGAAAAAGAUUGUUUGAAUUUGGAGAAAGAGGGGUUUUCUGCGGUUAGAGAUUUGAAGGAAGAACAUAUGGAAAAGAGGGCUGAAGGUAAUCAAAGAGGACGCGGGAGAGGGCGGCCAAAAAAAGCGAGUUAUUCAGAAGACGGAAAUGUUGUCGUUGGGAAAUCAGGGGUUAGACAGAAUGUUGAAAAUGAUAUGUUGAAGCCAGGGUUUGGUGAGGGUUUUUCUGUGGUUAGAGAUGCAAAGGUAGAGAAUAUGGAAAAGAGGGUUGAAGGUAAUCGAAGAGGACGUGGGAGAGGGCAACCAAAAAAAGCGAGUAAUUUAGAUGACGGAAAUGUUAGCAUCGGGAAAGUAGGUGUCAGACAGAAUGUGGAAAAUGAUAAGUUGAAGCCAGGGUUUGGUGUGAGUACUAGGAGGACUAGAAGCUCGAAGAGAGGAGAUGAUGAACUCUUAAGUUUAGGGGAAGCAACACCAGCAAAGAGGACUCGGAGAAAGAAGAAUGCUAAGGAUGUCCAGGAGAGUUCUGUGACGGAGACGGUAUUGGAGAGCGUAAAUGUGGCUGAAGAUACGAAGACAGUGGGAAGUCAUGGAAAGAAGGAAAAGGUGGUUGCUGAGUGUUCAGAAAAUGUUCGAGAUUCUAUUCCAGAAGAAGAGAUGAACCAUGCUGUUUUGGAAAAGGAAGUUCCUGAAAUGGUGGUUGAUUUGAAGGAGCAGCCUUGUGAAGAACCAGUGGGUGAUGCUUCUGAGAAAAAUGUACUUGAUGAUACAAAGAAUGAGCAGUCUGUGGAAGUGGAGACUCCUGAUUUGGAAGGAGGUCCUCAGUGUGUGACAGAGCACAAUUGUAAUGAGUGUGUUGUAAGCCCUUUGCUAGUUGAAGAAAGGUUUUGUGAUGUAUUAGGGAACGAUGAGGUGUUAACCGAUGGGAGAACGGAAGCAUCAGAAAUUGAAGAAGGUAAUUUAGUGUCAGAAGCAAAUUGUUAUGGUAAAAGCAAAGAUUCUGAUAGUACUAUCGUGCCUGACCUUGCAAAGAUGACUCUAGGGGAUUGGUUAGAAUUUUUGGUAGACUAUUUGCCUAAGCAGAUUUAUGCCAAAAGAGAUGAGAUCAUCGAGGAUAUGCGAAAAGAAAAUGCACGGUAUGAUGAUUUCAUGUUGCAGCAGCAGAAAGAGAAAAGCAAACUCCCUUCUGCCGCAGAAAAGACAGGGAAUUGAAGCGAAUAUGGUAAAUUCUAAGGGAAUUGAGGUUUCAGGCCUAACAAGUUUCAAGGGGUAUGAAGAAAUUUGCAACCAGUUAAUCAGGCCACCAUCACCUCCCUCUAGCUCUCAUGAACAGCUCAAGCUGGAAUUCUAGUGGUGAUAUCAUGUGACUCAAUCUGUUUGUCAACAUCAAGGACACCACACAAGCUGGAUAUGAGCCUGGGCUCCACAGAUGCAUCAAGUCUGUUUAACUUGGAUUCUAUAGGAAAUUGAAAAUAUUGUCCAAGAUGUCAAUCUUGACUCGGUGCUGCAUGGCUGGUGUUGACUGCUGAGAGCCUUUGCUGUACGAAGAACAAAGGUGGGCUUGUGAUCCGAGUUGCGAUGGCAAGCAAAUCUAUGGUCGAUGUUAAUGUCAAGUUUGGAAUGAGUUUAUGCGUGUUCAAUCUCAAAGUGUUGUUAAAUUGUAUAAUUCAUAACAUGUAUUUCACGUUGUGUAGUGUACUCUGCAUCAGUCAAAUGUCUGCUGAUAGUCUGAUACGGAGUAUAACAUACUCCCUCCGGCCUUUUAAUGGUGUGUAUUAAAUUGUACUCGUGCU